AGGAGAAGGUCCUGGAGAAUCUUCAGAUGACAAAUCAGGGGGAAGAUCUGACUGAUAUUAAAGUAGAGGAUGAAGAAGAGAGGAUGAUGGGCGAUCCCCCGUGUAAGAGUGAGGAGGAGGAGAUGGAGGACUUUCCAGGAGAUGUCACAACAGCAGAAAAUCCCAGUACAAAUUCUGAAGGAAAUUUGUUGUCAGUAAAUUAUAAAGUAGAAGAUGAAGAUAUGCAGCGCUCUUCAGGAGAAAAUAUUAAUGUACAUCCAGGACUUCACAGUACAUAUAAUCUUCCUAAUCAUGAGGAACCUUCUCUUGACCAGAAAGAGGGUGAAAUGUUUGAUUGUGGUAAAGAGUUCACAAAAAGAUCAAGUCUUUCUACAUAUAGAAGAAUUCGCACCGGGGAGAAGCCAUACUCCUGUUCAGAAUGUGGGGAGUGCUUUACAGAUAAAAAACAUCUUGUUAGACAUGAGAGAAAUCACACAGGAGAGAAGCCAUAUUCAUGUUCAGAAUGUGGGAAAUGUUUUAAAGAUAAAUCAAGUCUUGUUAGACAUAAGAUAAAUCACACAGGAGAGAAGCCGUUUUCGUGUUCAGAAUGUGGGAAAUGUUUUACACACAAAUCAGAUAUUGUUAGGCAUGAGAGAAGUCACACAGGAGAGAAGCCAUAUUUGUGUUCAGAAUGUGGGAAAUGUUUUACACGGAAAUCAGAUCUUGUUACACAUCAGAGAUUUCACACAGGAAAGAAGCCUUAUUCAUGUUCAGAAUGUGGGAAAUGUUUUGCACAGAAAUCAGAUAUUGUUAGGCAUGAGAGAAGUCACACAGGAGAGAAGCCAUAUUUGUGUUCAGAAUGUGGGAAAUGUUUUACACGGAAAUCAGAACUUGUUACACAUCACAGAUUUCACACAGGAGAGAAGCCAUAUUCAUGUUCAGAAUGUGGGAAAUGUUUUAAAAUGAAAUCAAAUCUUGUUAUACAUGAGAGACUUCACACAGAAGAGAGGCCAUAUUCAUGUUCAGAAUGUGGGAAAUGUUUUAAAGAUAAAUCAAGUCUUGUUAGACAUGAGAAAAGUCACACAGGAGAGAAGCCAUAUUCAUGUUCAGAAUGUGGGAAAUGUUUUACACAAAAUUCACAUAUUGUUAGGCAUAGGAGAACUCACACAGGAGAGAAGCCGUUUUCGUGUUCAGAAUGUGGGAAAUGUUUUACACAAAAGCCAUAUCUUGUUACACAUCAGAGAUUUCACACAGGAAAUAAGCCUUAUUCAUGUUCAGAAUGUGGGAAAUGUUUUGCACAAAAAUCAGAUAUUGUUAGGCAUGAGAGAAGUCACACAGGAGAGAAGCCAUAUUUGUGUUCAGAAUGUGGGAAAUGUUUUACACAGAAAUCAGAACUUGUUACACAUCAGAGAUUUCACACAGGAGAGAAGCCAUAUUCAUGUUCAGAAUGUGGGAAAUGUUUUACAGAUACAUCAGGUCUUCGUAGACAUAAAAGAAGUCACACAGGAGAGAAGCCAUAUUCAUGUUCAGAAUGUGGGAAGUGUUUUGCACAAAAAACAGAUCUUGUCACACAUCAGAGAAGUCACGCAGGAAAAACAUUCUGAAAUCAGCAGAUUCCAUUUGGGUACAAAUAAAUUCAAACCAAAGUGACAGUGCUCAGAUUGCCCUAAUAAAUUAUGGAUGACAUUGUGAAGUCUUGUAGGGUUUUAACGUCAAGGCAGCAUUGGCAAUCUUAAAGUGGCAGUGAAAUAUAUAGAUAUGGAUAAACAGAUGGUGGCCGGUGGUAAUAAGCAAACUGUUUAACAACACAUUGCACUUUUGUCUUUGUUAUGCUUUUUAAAAUAUAGAAAAUCAUCCAAAACAUCUCUCUAAUGGGGUGGAUGUCUGGCAGUGUUUACACUCAGGGUGGUGUCAGAAGCAAUGGCUUGUUCUGAACAAGAAUGCUCACUUUUUGGGGAGCAGCAGCAGUAUUGUACUGAACCUGACGGACAAGGCAGGAGAUGUGCAUCUGUGUAGGGGUAGUAGAAAUGGGAGCAGUACAAUAUUAUCCUGACAAAGUAGGAAAUCCGCAGCUGUGCAGGGAGUAGAAGUAAUAGCAGCAGGUGUAGUGGUAGCUGCAGCAGCAGGAGUACAGUAUGAAACAUGACAGACAAGGAGGCAGGAGAUUUGCGGCUAUGUAGGAGUAGCAGUAGUGGCAAUGGUGGCAGUAGUAACUGUAGCAGUACGGUAUGAAACCUGACAGACAAGGCAGGAGAUUUGCGGUUGUCUUGGUGUAGCAGUUGGUGGCAGUAGAAGCUGCAGCAGUACGGUAUUCCUGCGGCUCGUCCACUCUGUUUACUCAGAAGGCCAUGAGGUCGGGGUAUGUGCUGAGGAAAGGGCACAGCACAGGUACAACUAAACCUGGUUGUUCAGUUGGUGUCUAUCAGUUUGCUGAUUUGCAUCUGGUCGGUGCAGUGGUUGAAUAAUCUUCCAUCAUGUUCAGCAAUCUGUUUUGGCUGCUGCUGCUGGAUCUGGGCAUGGCUGUACACAUAUCUGUCCCUGUGGUCUGUCGCAGUGCUUGUCCCCAACUAUAUUCACACUGGCUGCGGUGAGCAGUGGCAGUGCUUCUCUCCCUAUGUCUCCAGUGGCUGAUUAGUUAGCGAGUGCAUCGGGGAGAUACAUGAUCCGGCUUCCAUCUUCUGUCUGCAGUGUACUAAACACUGAAUUCGGGUUUUUAUUAGCAGUCUGCAGAUUUCAAACCAGUAUCUAGAUCUGGAUGUAAUAAAAAAAUUUGAAUAGCCCAUAACUUCCAUUCAAUUUCAUGGACAUUCCAGAAACAGUAGGGCAGGAAAUUUGGCAGUUUUUUUUAAACCAGACCAGAUCUUGCAGCUUGGAUCUUUGAUAUAGUGGCCAAUAGGACAAGAUCAGGGCCCCCCCCCAUUCUAAAGAUAAGUGCAGAUCCAAGAGGUGGACCCCACAUUUCAGAUAUGUCUGAAAUCAUAAUAAAACAACUCUGCUGUUUUCAUUAUAUUGCACAUAAUGUUAUGUAGCAUCGCCCUGAAGUGUCCUCCAUGAAUGUUUAACAAUAAAGCGUUUCAUUUAUGAAA